CGCAUAGACUCCGCCGGGCGCAAGUCCACCCGGAGCCAUUGUUAUUUCUUCACAGAAAGCGAGCGAGCGAGCCAGCGAGAGAGGUUUGAGUGUUUGAGUGCCCAUGUGUGGAGCGAAUUUUUGAAACAAUUUGGCUAAAAUCUGUGUUCGUGGAAGUGUGUAAACAGAUCUGAUUGCAGUAACCCUAGGUUUUUGAGAGGGAGGGAGGAAAUCAAAUCUCUCCUAAUCUCAUUGUCACAGUUUCGAUUAUGGCGCAUCGAAGAUCGAAACUGUUCUUCCUCCUGUUCGUUUUAUCGUACGCUGUCAUCGCCACUGCGGGGAAGAGCUAUUACGACAUUCUUCAAGUUCCGAAGGGUGCUUCGGAAGAGCAGAUCAAACGAGCUUAUAGAAAGCUCGCAUUGAAGUAUCAUCCUGAUAAGAACCAGGGGAAUGAAGAAGCUAACAAGAAAUUUGCCGAAAUUAAUAACGCUUAUGAAGUGCUAUCCGAUAGUGAGAAAAGGGGCAUAUACGACAGGUACGGUGAAGAAGGCCUGAAACAGCAUGCUGCUAAUGGUGGCAGAGGGAGCGGUGGAAUGAAUAUUCAAGACAUAUUUAGCACGUUUUUUGGUGGAGGCCCAGCAGAAGAGGAAGAGACAAUUUUGAAAGGUGAUGAUGUUAUUGUUGAAUUGGAUGCAACACUGGAGGAUCUGUACAUGGGAGGAUCACUUAAGGUAUGGCGUGAGAAGAACAUUUUAAAGCCAGCUUCUGGUAAGAGACGCUGUAACUGUCGAAAUGAGGUAUACCACAGGCAAAUUGGUCCUGGAAUGUUCCAGCAGAUGACAGAGCAGGUUUGCGACCAGUGCCCAAAUGUGAAAUUUGAGAGGGAGGGUUAUUUUGUGACGGUUGAUAUUGAGAAAGGAAUGCAGGAUGGAGAAGAGGUGGUUUUCUAUGAAGAUGGUGAGCCUAAAAUAGAUGGUGAGCCUGGAGAUCUGAAGUUCCGCAUUCGAACGGCGCCCCAUGAUCAAUUCAGAAGGGAAGGCAAUGACUUGCACACAACUGUUUCUAUAACACUGGUGCAAGCUCUUGUUGGUUUUGAGAAAAAAAUCAAACAUCUUGAUGAGCAUCUGGUGGACAUCAGCACGAAGGGAAUUACUAAGCCCAAGGAAACUAGGAAGUUUAAAGGAGAAGGGAUGCCGUUGCACUUCAGCGCAAAGAAGGGCGAUCUCUAUGUCACCUUUGAGGUUCUUUUCCCAACGUCGCUAACAGAAGACCAAAAGACAAAGAUCAAAGCAGUUCUCAGCUAGGGGGGUGGGGAUAGAUGUCGACAAUUUUUAUCAGGCACCACAAAGGUGUUCCCAUUGUAACAUUGGUUGAUGAUGAGGUCCCAUAUAUAGGAUUCAAAGGCCCACUGCUCUUUUUUUUCCUUUUUGCCUUGUCUUGUUUAACCAGUUGCCGCGCCUUCAACCAGAAGGUAUCCUAUUCCUAGCUGCCUGCCCCCGUAUUCCUUCUGUAGCCCUGCACGCUGUUAGAGCCAUUUUUUGCCCGGUAUUUGUUACUCACGGUAUAGUUCCAAUAUCGCUAUAAAAAUCCAAUGAAGGACACACACUGACAUGGACACAAUCUGUAGUUACUAUAUUGUGUUUGGCUCGGAUUCUGAUAUGAGUACGUACCUGGCGCUGUAGCAUUGCUUCUUUUCUUUUGCCUAA